UGGUCAGCAGGCCUGUCCUACAGCUGAGGGGAAGGGUGUUGUAGCUGCUUCUCAGACCAUAGACAGUGGUUCAGACAUGAACUCCUUGGAACAGGCCGAAGACCUGAAGGCCUUUGAGAGAAGACUGACAGAGUAUGUCUCCUGUUUGCAACCUGCCACAGGCAGGUGGAGAAUGAUACUGAUAGUGGUGUCUGUCUGUACAGCUACUGGAGCUUGGAACUGGUUAAUAGACCCAGACACACAGAAAGUAUCUUUCUUUUCAUCCCUAUGGAAUCAUCCCUUCUUCACCAUCAGCUGCAUCACUCUAAUAGCUCUCUUCUUCGCUGGAAUACACAAACGAGUUGUGGCGCCAUCAAUUAUUGCUGCUCGCUGCCGCACAGUUUUAGCAGAAUACAACAUGUCCUGUGAUGAUACGGGGAAACUUAUUCUGAAACCACGACCAAACAUCCAGUGACCACACGCUCCUGGGUUCUGUCAGUGUUGCUGUGUCGUCAUCAUUGAAGCUGCUGAUUUACUCAUGUAUAACCUUUGACAUAUUUUACACAUUCAGAGUGAGGGUAUAUUUCUGUUUCUGUUCAGCAUGUAUUUUAUCUAAAAUGUUUCUAUUUUAAAGGUUAUUUGCCUAAUAAAUAAAUUCAUAAGACGUGG